CUACAAUGGCAUCGUUCAAAGUUACCCUUUUCUUCGCCCUCGUCGCCUUCGUCGCGAUGGUGUCGGCUAUCCCUGCCCCGCAGCAACCGGCCGCAGCCCGGCAAGCGAUCGAACCCCGACCAGUGGCCGCAGCCGAUGCAGCGGACGAACUGGAGGCCGGUGCUGACGAUAAGGAUCUGAAGGGUGCUUCCUCCUUCGGCUACGGUUACUACGGCUACCCGGGAUACUACGGAUAUGCGUACCCUGGAUACGGCUACAGCUAUGGAUGGGGUCGCUACCCGUACUACCGCUACGGAGGACUGUACGGAGGCUACUGGUACUAGAGCGUGUUUUUGUGCUAGAUCGCCCAUUAAGCAAUUGCCAUUACGCACCCGGAUAAGCAACGCAACGCAUAUUGAUCUGUCUCACCGAAGCAUC